AUGGCGAAAAUCUUGGAGGUCACCCCAGUGUACUGGCAGGGAAUGCACAGUCACUGGUGGCAGUUUGUUCUUGUCGCAUCGAUAUUGGCUACCUUAACGGCUGGAUGUGGUUAUAUCAUCUACUCGGUAAUAUCUAGAUUAUUAAUCUCAUGGAAGUCACGAAAGCAACCAGAAACUCUUCCCAAGACGAUAGAGAGUCGCCUCUCUGCGUUUGCGAGACAGCACCUCAACCUCAUCUACGGCCGUCAAACCGAGAAAAGACCGUCAUCCUUCGGUGUCUAUCUCGGCGGGUUCCAUAACCCGAUCACAGCGGCCGAAUCGAGGCUCCUGAGCCAAUGGGACCUGCUGAUCGUUGAUCCGCUUCGCGAAGGUGUGGCCGACGCGAUUGCUUCUGCACGCGAAGUAAAAGCACUGGGGAGGAUCAACUUGCGUCUCACUGCCUCGACGGGCUCCCUGGAUCAGACGGUCGAAAAUGUCAUAAACACACUGGUUCGUGCCUUCUCCGGCACGGCAUUCACUGGCGUCCUUCUGGCAGACUGGGAAGAGGUAUUCAGUGGCCCGGUUCUGCGAAAACUGCUCGAGGCUAUCAGGGCAAUCGGCUUGGAGGUCUACCUUGAAGCGGCCCCGCCGGAUUUCCUCAAAGAUGGAAAGAUCCUGCAGGCGGACUCCGUCUCAGGGCUGGUCAUGAGAAACGCCAGUAUCCUCUUCAACGGCGAGAAGCGAGACUAUUUCCAGAUGACAUCACUGAAACCCACCAUCAAGGCGUUUGUGUCGGAGGCAUGCUUGCGAGACUUCGUGGUGAUGGCGUGGGAAACGGUCGACGAUAAUGUUGUCCUGUCCAACGCCGUUGUGCGGAGAGCUAUGCAGUGGUGCAACUUUUACAGCGCCAUCACCUGGAUUGGCUCCAAGUCGGCGUUGACUGAUGCGACUGUCAACCUCAAGACAUGCGAACCUCUCUCCGCGUUCGGGUGGUUGAAGGAAGCCGACAUCAUGAAUGUGCAUGACAUCUGGCGAUCCAAUGCCACGAUUCUACAACAGGCCGCCGACAAACCGGAGUGGGGAAGACUCAAGUCCAUCUUUCCACGAUUAAAGGAGGUGUUGGCUUCGAAGGAAUAUCCGCCAGCAGACCGAAGCCCGUCGGAUCUGGUCGUCCAGGAACCGCCAGAAUGGGUCUCUCAGACCAAGUCGCUGGGCAACCCAUUGUCGAUCUCUGCUUCCGGCGUGGAAUACACUGCUCUUGGCUGCUUCCCUCUGGGGUCUGAAGUGACUGACACGGCCUUCUCGGAGAUUCUACAAUCACAGCAAAAGUUGAAGUCCCUGAGCGUACUGCAUCCCGUCCCCGCAAACAAGGUUCAGAGCAUUGGCUCUCUGCUUCGACAAUUUCAUGACACUUUUCUUUCGUCCGAUUCAUCCUUCGAAUCCUCGGUUGUCGCGGCGGUAAAGGAGCUUUCGACUCUGGCCUCGAACAAGUUCGUGCGGGUGUACUUGGGUCUCGAUUCGGGUUUCCGCAAAAGCUCUGAAAGCCGUUUCUGGGCUGUCUACCAGGCGGACGCUGACGGCAUUGACAUCUUCAUGUCAAAGAAUGCCCAGGGUUUGGUCGGUACUGUCCUUCACACGUUCCUGUCAAGCAAGGGCUUCCCUCGUCACAUCUGCUUCGAGGUUGAGACUGCCCUCGCAAAAUGGUCAAAGGACCUCGUGGAAGACACUGGCCUGCCACGACGCCUGGUUCAGGACAUUGACGUUCUCACCCCAACAGAAUCUCUGCUUUAUCUGCGGCAUCUUACCUUGACGGACACCAAAACUGAGCUGAACGACACCAUCUGUGCCUAUAUCCGCAAGAAGCUCAUCGAAGCUCCGACUCUAUCCCAGCUGAAGGAUCUCAACACGGCUGGUUACCUCAGCGGUGAAGUAAAAGCUGAACAACUGAUCCAAUCUAGGAUUUCUUGGUACCGCAACCAAGGUUGUCAGCAUCCUUCGCUGCAAAGGUCGCUUGCUCUCUUCCAAGAAGUCGAAGGCAUCUUCACGGAAAUCCUGAAAUACCGACGGGAGAAAGAUCUUGCCACCAUCACCAGCGCCAUGAGCAGUUUGAUCGAAAAGGGCCGUAUCGAUGCUUACGCGGACAUUUUUGCCCUGUCACUGUUUUGCGCUGCUAGGAAGGGUGCAUUCGAUGAGAUCUAUGCCGAAGUGACCGAUCGGAACCCGCUUUUCAACAAUCAGUCUGAUCAGGCAGCUGCGUUUGCGGAGUCGUUCGCUCUAGGGUCUCGCUGUGAGGCCUACUUCGACAUGUCUCCGAGCGCCUUUGGCAAGCUGCUGUCGGACCGGUUCAGAGCGUACUACAAUGAGCAUCCACCACCUCUCUGGGUGAAUGGAGCUCCAGAGCUGGCAACGGCGUAUGCAGGUGCUCAGAUCGAUGUCGAUCCAGAGGAUGCGGUGAAACCAAUGCCUGGAUACCAGAGAUUUACCUUCCUGAGUGUCUUCGCGAUUCCCGCCCUCAUCGAUAUCAUCCUCCUGACUUUUAUCGGUCGGGGAUUGUAUCUGUCUGCGUUUAUGCCGUACGAAGAUAUGGAAAUGGCAACCACGGCUCUGAUGAUCGCUCUCUUGCUGUCGGGUGCUAUCGGCACGUGGAUCUCCUGCGGUGGCUCGUACUAUCUCGUUUCAAUGGCAUUUUCGGCGAUGAACAUGUUCAUCCUUAUUCGGUUCAUUGCAGGCCUCGCCUUCACGUUCGUGGGCGGACUCAUCGGAUUUAUUGUCAUUUCGUGCGCCAAAGGACCGCGUUCUGGAAUCGUCUUCUUCCUGUAUCUGUUCGCUCUGACGGCAUACCUCACCCUCUUUGCUUCCAUCUCCUGCUUCAGCUACCCUGGAAGCGCUUUCCUCUCUGGCAGAAAGGUCAUCAUCGCCUGCAUUCCGCUCCUCUUCUUGUCGCCGAUCAUCACCACCUUCACCGGUCAUGACUCAUUGGUGUACCUUGUUGUUCUCUAUGCGUUUAUCGGCCUGUUGAUUCUCGGGCUCAGAUCGGUCGGUGCAAGCUGGGUCACCUGGUAUCAGAAGAUCCGCACCACAAAUGACGCUGAGAUCCGGCAAUGGUACCUCUCCACCUAUUCCGGAAACGACGAGAAGGCCUUUGAAAAGAUGAGUGAUCCUGCAGCCCUCAAGCUGUCUCGAGAGGCGCUCUUACGUGCCGUGCUAGCGGAGAGAAAGAAGAGCAUCUUCUCGAAAGCCACCGAGGACAAAUUGGUCUUUGAGCUGGCGCGAGACUGGGAUUCGACCAACUUCCUGAUCAACUGGUAUUGCCGCUACGCCGACGUUCCUCGGCCUAUUCCUUUCAGUUCUUCGUGGAACAUCCAGACCAAAGUGGCACUGGAUACUCUGCGGAACGCACAGAAGGGAAUCCGUCUGCACAAUGCCUUCAUCCAUUGGCGUCAAGCUGGGCAGGAGGUUGGCUGCGGAAUGCUGUACUUUAUCGUCGCCCUUAUGGAUAAAUGGGUUGAACUGCUCUGUGGCGGUCAGCUCGUUGGUCUUUCGCCAUCUCUGGCAAAUGCAUCCCGCAUGGCGGUUGGCCUGGGCCUGGCGUAUUAUCUGGUCGGCGCCGUGCUCAUCGACACCAAGGCCCAACAGCUGCAUGACCUCAUCGGGCAACACACUCCUCAGGCCGUAAAAACGGCGAAGGAUAUUCGAGCUUCUCAGAAGCGGGACGUGCGGUUGAAAAGACAGGUCUACUGGACCACGCUCUUCAAGUUCUGCAUGUGGCAUGUUUGGAGCUUUGUCGUCACGGGAAUCCUGAUCUGGGUGUUCCAAGAGUCACUCGAGGCAGUGAUCCUGUUUUGUGCCUACGUGAUUGCGUAUACAGGUCUUCUUUGGUACCAGUACACCAAGAUCUUCUCUGGUCCCCAUGCUCUGAAGCCACUUCUGGCGGGAGUCUUCAUCGGUCUACCAGUCGGCAUUGGAAUUCGCGCGUCGCACCCCCAUUUCAUAUACGCCACCGUCAUCUCACUCGGCGUUUCGACGUGGUCUACUGCAAUUCUGUCAAUGUGGACUGCCAAGAUAGGAAUGCCUAAGAAGGUGCAGUCGCCCGUUGAACUGGGCAGGACCUUCCAUGCCUAUGUGGCCCCCUGGUCAGAUCCGGAAUGGUCGCAGCAAGAACUGCAAACGUUCUAUGAGAACAUCAUGUCGAUGCCCGAGACCUCUCGCCUUCUUCUCGAUACGCGCGCCGAUCUUGGUCUCCAAGUCAAGUCCAUCCUGCUCUCACGCAAGGCGGAACCGAGGAUCGGCGAAGCGUUCCCCAACUUUGAAAACCUCGUUCAAUGGACCGUCGCGGCUUGGGAGAGGAACAAGAUCUCGGUUGAACUCGUGUAUCAGCGCGAGUUGGGCCCAGGUAUUCGUGCUCUUAGCUGCACUGGCGACGACCACUUAAAACUCUUGAUUGCCAUUGGCCACGCGUUUGAAAUGCACGAGAAUACCCAAGUGAUUGCGGAAACCCUUGUUCACGCGGCA